AUGGGCGACGUCGCCGCCGCCGCCGGGCCGGAGCUCCGAGUCGUCAUGGUGCCUUCCCCCGGCCACGGCCACCUCAUCCCAUUCGUCGAGCUAGCCAAACGCCUCCUCCACCGCCACAGCUUCUCCGUCACCAUCAUGGUCCCCGACAACGGCACCGGCAUGAAACCCCAACGCGAGCUCCUCCAAUCCCUCCCGCCCACCAUCUCCCCUCUCUUCCUCCCGCCGGUCAGCCUCUCCGACGUCCCCGCCGACGCCAACGUCAUCACCCGCGUCACCCUCACCAUGAUCCGCUCCCUCCCUUCCAUCCGCGCCUCCUUGAAGACCCUGCUAACUCCGUCGGCCGCCGCCGCCGGCGGAGGCCGGGUGGUUGCCGUCGUCGUCGAUUUCCUCAGCGCCCACGCCCUACACGUGGCGGCGGAACUCGGCGUACCUCCUUACGUUUUCUACACGUGUGGCGCGUUCCACCUCACCCUGGGGCUGAAAGCCCCAGAGCUCGAGGCGACCUGCCCGGGCGAGCUCAGCGACCUGCCCGAGCCUCUGAAGCUGCCCGGUUGCGUCCCGCUCAGUGGACGGGAUCUCCCCGAACCUUUUCUCGACAAGAAGAACGAUGCUUAUAAGUGGAUGGUCGAGGUUCACAAGGAGAUCUCGACCAACGCCGUUGGAAUCAUGGUCAACGGGUUUGUUGACUUGGAGAGUGGAAUUUUCAAAGCUCUGGCCGAGGAGCGCGGUCGGACCGGAACCGGCCCAUUGAUUUAUCCAAUCGGACCGGUACCACGGCUCGAGUCGGACGACCCGGCCGAGAUGGGGACCGACUCGCUCGAGUGUUUGAAUUGGUUGGAUAAGCAACCGGAGGAUUCCGUCCUGUUCAUCUCGUUCGGGAGCGGAGGGAAGCUCUCCAAGGCGCAGCAGGACGAGAUAGCGUUCGGGCUAGAGAUGAGCGGGAAGAGGUUCAUCUGGGUGGUUAAACCGCCCGGGGAUUACAUGGUCGAGAAAUCGAUCGAGUCGUCGUCAAACGAUCCUUCGAGUUACUUACCGGAUGGGUUUCUGGAGCGGACCAAAGGGGUCGGCCUGGUGAUUCCCGGGUGGGCUCCUCAGGUUCGGAUCCUGGGCCACGGUUCGACCGGUGGGUUCAUGAGCCACUGCGGGUGGAACUCGAGCCUGGAGAGCAUUGUGAACGGGGUGCCGAUCAUUGCGUGGCCGAACCACGCGGAGCAGCGGAUGAAUGCGGCGUUCUUGGCAGGGGAUGCUAAGAUUGCCCUGAGGAUGGAUACGAGUGAAAAGGAUGGAAUUGUGGGGAGGGAAGACAUUGCUGGAUUCGUGAAGGCUGUGUUGGAUGGGGAAGAAGGGAAGCUGCUUAGGAGCAAUGUGAAGGAGCUGAAGGUUGCUGCUGCGAAUGCCAUUGGAAGCGACGGGUCGUCCACCAAAUCGCUGGAUGAAGUGGCGAAGUUGUGGAUGAAGCAGAGUUAG